AAGUAUUCCGCCUACUUGCCAGGAAGCAGGAAAUAGUCAUGGUAUUUUGAUAGGCGACUUUCACUAGAUUUUUAGUCGUUCUGAUAUAUUUAGUUUCUAUUACUUUCGUGGUCGACGGAGUUUGCUGCAGUCAUGGCAUCGUUAUUCAAGAAAAAGACCGUAGAUGAUGUUAUUAAAGAACAGAACAAAGAACUGCGGGGAACGCAGAGACAGAUUACAAGAGACCGGGCAGGACUGGAAAAACAGGAAAAACAGCUGGAGAUGGAAAUCAAGAAAAUGGCAAAGACAGGAAACAGAGAGGCCUGUAAAGUUUUAGCCAAGCAGCUUGUUCAAGUGAGGAAGCAGAAAACACGUACAUAUGCCGUCAGCUCUAAGGUCACCUCCAUGUCCACACAAACCAAGCUAAUGAACUCCCAGAUGAAGAUGGCUGGUGCCAUGGCCACAACCACCAAAACAAUGCAAGCUGUCAACAAAAAGAUGGAUCCGCAGAAGACAAUGCAGACCCUGCAGAACUUCCAGAAAGAGACAGCAAAGAUGGACAUGACAGAAGAGAUGAUGAAUGACACACUGGAUGAGAUCUUUGAGGAUUCUGGUGAUGAGGAAGAAUCUCAGGACAUUGUGAAUCAGGUGUUGGAUGAAAUUGGAAUUGAGAUCUCAGGAAAGAUGGCUCAUGCCCCUUCAGCUGGCCUAAAGAAACCAAGCGCUGCUACAGCCAAAGCAGAUGGGAUAUCAGAUGAGGAGAUUGAGAGACAGCUCAAAGCUCUAGGAGUGGACUAGUGCACAUGCACCCAAACACCUGAUUAUUGCCUGACAGCAGCACACAGUCCACAGAUUCACAAACAUGCAUUAGAAUACAUUCAUAACAAAUACAAAUACAAAUGCAUUGACAGAUGCUAAUAAAUGAACCGUCCAAAAGCUUACAUUCACAGUCACGGACCUGCCUUCUCUGGGAUAACGUGCUACAGAUGGCAAAUGCAAAUCUUAUUUUUUUUCCCCCUAUUUAUUUAUGACAAUGAGAGAUGACUAUCGAGGUUGAUUAGGACUCUUUCAGGUGACUCUCAGUUUCUUCUGACUUCAGAAGGACGAAAAUAAAGAAAAAGUUUGAAUAAAUGUGUUGUAAAUGAAUGCAUACAAUGCCUUCGAGACUAAGGCGGAUGCGUUCCCUUGAAAUCUACAACUUCAGUCUCUUUGAAUGAUAACUCAGAAACACACAUUGGUGUAAACAAGUUUGACAGGAGAACUCUACCUCUGUAAACAGAAGUAGUAACAGGGCUGCGUCUUUAGCCUUGCCGCGUUUUGUCUUGUCCUCGCGGUACCUUGCUGUUCUCCCGGUGCAUGACUAAACACUUGUGUGAGUCACAUCUUUAGUUUCCUGAUGUCACCUUCACUCGGUUGAUUUGAGUUUGUCUUCUAGGUUCAUAUUGGAUAUUUCGAGUGCACAUAUUUUAUUCAGCUGCUUUUUGGGAGACCCCAGAAGUGUGUUUCGGUUGAGCACAUAACUUACCCUCUUGUGAUGUCUGAAGAUGGAUGCGCUCCUUGAUUUUUCAUGUGCCUGAGGCCUGAGGGUUGUUAUAUUGAGAGGCAUGUGAAAGCGGGAUACUGAGCUUGAUCUUUAGAAUUAUCCACAGAAAUGAUAUUUAGGCUGACAUUGGAUAUGCACUGCAUCAUAUUGUAAGGAUGUAAAUAGUAUAGGCAUGGAUGAUCAUUUAUUGCUUAAUCAACAGUGAGAGUUUUGGAAUAUGGGUGAUGAUUUUCCUUUUUUUAGAAUUUGUUCACUGACAGGUAUUAUUCAAAUAUAGGGGGAUUAUAUAUCCCAUUAACCAUAAAUACAAUUUUCAAUGAUA